CCAAAGGUCAAACAAUACAAGACGAUUGAUUAUCUUUAAAGAGCUCCACACAGUGGUCACAUCCUGUAAUCGCUAAUCCGGCUCAACCAACGACCACAAGAGUGACGAACUUCCUGCCUAUAUUACCGUGUAUUCAGGGCAUUUUCACUGUAAUUACUGAAAGCGAACUAUGUGAUAACGAAAUAUGACAUAGAGACGCCGAGUUAGAGUCGCGAAGGAGCUAAAGGCGAAACACUUUCGUCGUGACAGUCAACGAUGUUCUUUGUAUGCAUGUUGUCUUCUUUUGACCAAGGACGGGGAAUUGGGAAACCACAAAGAGACUGAGCUGGUCUGUUGAUCAAGCGAAGUGUCAUCUGAACUUGAAUAGGAUAUCCCAAGCAUAAAUUCGCAAGAAUUAUCAUAGUUUUUUUUUACGGCACGUUCAAUGCAGCGGUCGUCUGUUGACUUCCUCGUCGAGUGGAAGCAGGCAUUCUCUAGUUGCGGGAAAUAGGCCUGUUACUGCAAGUAACGAGAAUUUAUGGGAUCACAAGUUUCAUCUGAUGAGAUGAGCGUGCGCGCGGGGCAGGGCAGUGACGAGGUGCUGGUGUCACAGGCGGUGUGGGAUUACCUUGCAGCCGCUGGACGGCCCUGGUUGGUCGACUUCGAGGACAAGCAGGGACUAAGCGCAGACAUCAUCCGACGCGGGGAGCGUGGCGGCUGCUGUGCCGUGCGGCUCUCCCCGGUGGAGGGCAGCAGCAGGGCCAGAACUGGGAUGAUGGAUGGGCCGGUUUCUCCUGUUACACGGAAAGCUUUCAUUGACUUAUGCCGCUGUGCCCGGAAGGAGAUGACCAAACAGGAGGCAGCUCCUAAGAGGAAACGUUCUCUGUUACCGUGUGUGGCGGCAGUGGAGCCCGACGGGGAAGGGAGCUUGUUGUCUCCGCCUCCCCCUCAACCACGGCGCUCGCAAAGGCAACAGCAGAAAUACAGGAAAAACGCAGACAUGGAGACCUGUGUAGUUUUACCCAUGCAACAUGAGGCAGUGGCAAGGACCGGGGCUGAAUUAGCCAUCGGUCAUGAAGAAGAGAGCACCAUUUGCUCUAUCUGCAUGGGCGAAAUUGUGGAAAAGACAACUCUGGACAAAUGUGGCCACGCGUUCUGUCGGUCCUGCUUAGAACAGGCGUUUCAAGUAAAGAAGGCAUGUCCUGUGUGCAGGCUGGUGUAUGGUCAACUUAUCGGGAACCAGCCGGCCAAUGGGAGCAUGAUGGUUGAAAGGGACCAAGACCUGGAGUUGCCUGGCCAUGAAGGUUAUGGCUGCAUAUGCAUUAUUUACAGUUUCCCUCCCGGUUUGCAAGCGCAAGAGCACCCAAACCCUGGGGUGAGGUACCCAGGCACAGACCGGGUGGCAUACCUGCCAGACAGCCCUGAGGGAAACCGUGUUCUCUGCAUGCUGCGACGAGCAUUUGAGCAGCGCCUGAUCUUUACCAUAGGCACCUCUAUGACCACUGGCAUGCAUAACGUUAUUACCUGGAAUGAUAUCCACCACAAGACCUCCAUAUGGGGCGGACCACGAUGCUUUGGUUAUCCAGAUCCUACAUACCUUGUGCGGGUGACAGAGGAACUACGCGAGAAAGGGAUAACGGCUGAUUGAUUUGUUUCUAGCACUUGAGAAGUUUCAAAAGGAUGGCAAACGUGUGCGCUUGACCAGUCUUUUCACAAACCCACUGUGUCGAAAACAAGCCACAGUCAUCUGCUGCAGGACGCCGUUUUCACAAUGUUUAAUUUCAAUCUUUAGCUUUGUUCUUUAGUUUACCUGAGUGAAUACAGUAUUUCUGUGGUACAAACCUGGGGUGCACUUUACUGAGACAGAUUGUUCAAUAUUCUCAGCUGAGUUUCAGAUACCCACUGGACUGCUAAAGUGUGAAUGUGAAGGUGUACACGUUUCCAUAUCUGCAGUACAACCUUCCUUUUCCCUUUUUUUCAGGUUAGAAUCACAAGGCUGCUAGCCUCCCUCUUCUAAUUCUGUUUCUUCCAUCUUAACUAUGCUUAAUAACCUUUUUAGUUUAUGGUAACAUCUGGGUGGAGACAAAUGGCAUAGUACAGUUGAAUCGGUACAGCUGGGACAAUCCCAUACAACUUUUUUUUCUCUCUCUAGUAAUCAGCACUAAGAGGCACUUUGCAAUGUAGGUAAUCUUUUUAUUAUGAGAAUUUAAAGUGGAUUCUGCCUGAUCUUCCAGAGUGCAGGAUCUAGAGAGGUUAUUUGUGGGCCUUUCUAAUAAUAAGGUCUUAUUAAAAGAGAUGCAAGUCGAUUUCAGUUUGUCCUAGCUUUCAUCCUUUAUAACUUCCAUUAUUGUUUUUUAUUUAAAAAAGAUGUGCAUAAAAAGUAAUAUUUUUUGCUUUCUGCUCAUUGGAUUCAGUUUUCCCCAGUUUGUAUUUUUAUGCUGUUUACAGAUUUUUGAGUUCAUCCAUUUUGGAUGUUAAAACUUCUGUCACGUGUAUAUAUAAAAUGAUGUCAAAAUGAAAGGGCGUGUGAACCACUUAAACCAAACUAAAAGCAUAAUAGCUCAAAACUUUGCUGUUACCAUUGUGUUUAUGCCUCAGACUGAAAAGCCUAGCACUGAUUUUAUUGUGAAGAAUCAGCAGAAUCAUCCAAACAAAGUUUGCUGAAGUAGAA